CAGAGCAAAAAUACUACUUCCGGUACCGCAAGCAGUGAGCAACAGUUUCAGAAAGCGUAUUGGCUCUCAUGGGAACACAUGAAGAGGACUCUGUGCUGCUGCAGACUGUGACAAGGCUUGUGGUUCUUCACCAAGAACAUGGAGAAGAUGUCACGGGUUACCACAGCCCUCAGCAGCAGUGCCGUCAGUGGUCGAACUAUGUUCUGCCACUUGGACGCUCCUGCCAACGCCAUCAGCGUGUGCCGUGACGCCACGCAGGUGGUGGUAGCUGGCCGCAACAUCUUCAAGAUCUACGCCCUGGAGGAGGAGCAGUUUGUGGAGAAGCUGAAUCUACGCGUCGGCCGCAAACCCUCGCUCAACUUCAGCUGUGCAGAUGUCAUGUGGCACCAGAUGGAGGAGAACCUGCUGGCCACGGCUGCCACCAAUGGGGCGGUGGUCACCUGGAACCUGGGAAAACCCUCUCGUAACAAGCAGGACCAGCUUUUUACUGAGCACAAACGCACUGUCAACAAGGUGUGCUUCCACCCCACAGAGGUUUACAUGCUGCUAAGUGGCUCGCAGGACGGGUUCAUGAAGUGCUUCGACCUGCGCAAGAAGGAGUCUGUCAGCACUUUCUCAGGUCAGUCAGAGAGUGUCAGGGACGUCCAGUUCAGCAUGAAGGAUUAUUUCACUUUUGCUGCAUCCUUUGAGAAUGGCAACGUCCAGCUGUGGGACAUCAGGCGACCGGACCGCUACGAGCGAAUGUUCACCGCCCAUACCGGCCCUGUGUUCUGCUGCGACUGGCACCCUGAUGAUAGGGGAUGGCUGGCCACCGGGGGCAGGGACAAGAUGGUGAAAGUGUGGGACAUGACCACUAACCGGGCCAAGGAGAUCUACUGUGUCCAGACUAUUGCCUCAGUGGCACGAGUCAAGUGGCGGCCUGAGAGGAAGUUUCAUUUAGCCACCUGUUCCAUGAUGGUGGAUCACAACAUCUACGUGUGGGAUGUCCGCAGGCCUUUUAUUCCCUUCGCCACCUUUGAGGAACACAAGGAUGUGACCACUGGUAUUGUGUGGCGCCACCAGCACGACCCUCAUUUCCUGCUCUCUGGCUCUAAGGACAGCACACUCUACCAACACAUGUUCAGGGACGCCACUCGUCCUGUGGACAAGGCCAACCCUGAGGGUCUGUGCUUCGGACUGUUCGGUGACUUGGCCUUUGCAGCCAAGGAGAGUCUGAUCAGCAGUGACGCCAACAGAAAGCCUUACCCUGGAGGCGACCGCCGCUACCCCAUCUUUUUCUUCAAGAAGCCAGACCCGACAGAACAGUUUGCUCAUGUGUCCAGCGCUCUUAGCGUCUUUGAGACAGAUUUGGACAGUAACCGCAUGGACUGGUUUGUCAAGACAGCACAACUCUACCUCCUCAGUGGGAAGCCGUUUGCUGAGCUGUGUGAUCACAAUGCCAAGGUGGCCCAGGAGCUCAAAAGACCUCAGGUUUCCACAACAUGGACCAUGUUGAGAAUUAUGUUCUCUGACCCAGCAAACCUCACAACACCUGGUCCAAACCACAACCUCAGUAAACUGGGCACCUUGCCUUUAAUGAACAGUUUCAGCAUGAAGGAAAUGAGUUCAGUGAUGGGCACAGAGAGCAGACUGGAUCGCAGUAAAGGUGAAAGCAGGCAGGACAACAUCCACCUGGAGCCUGGGAACUCGCACAUAAGCAAUAAUAAUGAAGAAAAUGAGGAGACAGAAGGCAGCGAGGGCCAGGCUGAGUAUAUGUUCGGUGAUGCGGAGUUGGAUGACGAUGACCUCUACUCUAUGGAGCAUGACAACCAAACAGAGGAGCAGGAGUACACGCUGCCCCAGGAGGCCUUCCAGCUGCGCCAUGAGAUCAUGGAUAACCCAUCUGCUCCGGAGCACCUUCAGCAGGACAAAGCAGACUCCCCACAUGUCAGCGGCAACGAGGCAGAAGUCACCUGUCUGACACCCAUCGAGUCCUUCUCACUCAUCUCCAUUUCCCAGCCGCUGUUCAACCCACAUCUACCUGCCAGCUUCUUCUGCCCCAUUGUGCGGGAGAUGCUGAGCUACUACGCCGAGCAGGGCGACGUACAGAUGGCCGUGUCUGUGCUCAUCGUCUUGGGGGACCGAAUCCGUAAAGAGAUUGAUGACCUAACCCAGGAGCACUGGUACAUGUCCUACAUAGACCUGCUGCAGCGAUUCGAGUUGUGGAACGUGUCCAAUGAGGUCAUCAAGUUGAGUACGUGCAGCGCCAUCACCUGCCUGAAUCAGACGUCUACAACACUGCACAUCAACUGCAGCAACUGCAAGCGACCAAUGAGCAACAAGGGCUGGAUUUGUGACAGGUGCCACCAGUGUGCCAGUGUAUGUGCAGUGUGCCACCAUGUGGUGAAGGGACUGUUUGUGUGGUGUCAGGGCUGCAGCCACGGUGGACAUCUAGAGCACAUUAUGAACUGGCUCAAAAGCAGCGCCCACUGCCCCGCUGGCUGCGGCCACCUGUGUGAGUACACCUGAGCUCAUCACAAUCACCGUUUACACCGCUGGUGCUCUGUGGGAGUGGGAAUGGGUCCUCACACCAACCUGAAUCACACACAAACACCACAUACAAACGAGAUGUCUUCAUUCCUCUACAUGGAAGCCUGGAGUCCUUGGCCACUGUUGAAAGAUGGACACCUCUGUGUGUGUGUGUGUGUGUGUGUGAUCGUCUUAGUCUAAAGGAGGAAGAGGUUUAUAUGUGCUCUCCUGGACAGCCAUUCAAGAGCAAACACAAUCAUGUGUAGAUUCAUAGUUGUAUGAACAGGUGAAUUUGUAUAUAAGCAGAUGUUACGAUAGAUAUUCAAAGAGUAUAACAAUAUUUUUUGUGAAUUCACACUUGCUGCAUUUUACAAUGUUUUUAAAACCCCUCAGUAAAAUCGUGAAGGCUGUACAGGAACAAUUGUCUGCUCAUCUUAAGUGGAUUGUUUGUACAUAAUAACUCAACCUUUUUUUGAAGGACUGUAGAUAAAGUUCAAUUAAUUUAUGACAAAUAGCUCUCUAUUCAAGCAACUUGAAACUGGACCAGUGAAGUCUGUUUUGUCAGCGACAUUUAAAAGAAAGUGGUUUAUCUUCCAUUACAUACAUAGUUUUCCUGAUGAGUAACAGUCAGUGUAGACUGAAUUCAUCUGAGCUUGCACUGAGCUUCAUAUAUUCAUUCAGCUGCACACAUUCAUACCUGGCAGCUGUCCAACACAUCCAGCCUUUUACUCUUCUCUGCUGAGCAGUUCCAGUGGAGCAGUUAGGAUAAAAAGUCUUGCUCGAGGGCACUUUAGUCAGAGGAAAGAACACUACUUAUUCAUUUUUCUCCAACUGCACUAUACUCUCAUGGGCCCAGAAAUCCCAACUGGCAACCCGCCAACUUCUCUAGCCUCUAGUCUACCAGGUAGACACAAUGUGUGCUGCUCAGAGUAACACUUAUUUGUUAAUGAUAGUUUGUAUAGCUCACCACUGGUGAGAUACACAGAACAGGUGAGUGUAGAAGCCAACCGAGAUAACCGUCAACAGAACAGCUUUGUCUUGGGUGAAAUUCGACUGUUACUAUCCUGUUACAUCCCAGUACUGUGUAGCCUGAUGGCAACUGAUUGGAGGAUGCUGCUGCCUAGUUGUCAGUGUUACUGGCAGACCUUCAUGAUAUGAGUCAAUUAUUGCAGCAAGAUGGAGAAUAUUUUAUCAGUUCAGGCUCAACUCUGAGAAAGAGAAACUGAUUGUGUUUGUUUGGGUACAUUUACAUUCUGGAUGCCAGAAGUGUCUGAAAUGUUUGUCUUCCACUCCUGUCUGCCUCGUUUAGUGAAAUUGGCUAGUGACACAUUAGCAUCCUAUAUACUGGCACACAAAACAGGAAAGCUUUCAGAAUGCAUACGAAUUAAAAACAUCAGUGAAGCCAUGUGACAUUUUAU